CACCAGUUCAUAUUUCUCAAUGCAGUUUUUCCCAUCUCAGAAACUUCAGCAGGGAGUAUUCAUCCCAUGUGACCUAGUGAGAGAGCGGAUGCAAACUUACGAAGUCGCGUGUUGUCUAGAUGCAGAGCAACACAGCAGGCAGGGCAAAAGCCGCGGCCAAUAUCCCAGCCAGGAAGAUACUGUUUCCGAGCGGUCACCCAGCAGCGGCGGAAGUUCUGUCGCGGGUGGCCGAGACGAUGCGGACUGCUGUCUUGUUCGCGCGAGUUUCGCACGCGGACAGACUCUAGGUGCCGUCUUGCGCUGCGAUCGAGUUCGUCUCAAUGCAAGUCUGCCAUUGCUCUGCGAGUGAGCCCACCUGCGCGGCCGUGACCGAGUCGAUGUCCGAGACGAAGCUCAUCUUAGCAUUGUGCCCACAGCUCCUGCCUGAGUUGUUUGAGAUGGAAGCGGCGAUCCCCCCGAACGCAUCACAGCAUGUGCGCAUAGUUGCGGCGCUGUUGCCCCAACAGCCUGCCAUUUGAAAUGAGCUAUCGGCUUGUCAAAGUGACUAGUGCGAUAGCACCGACGAUAUAUCCGCAGG